UUUGGAAUCAUUGAUCCUAUUCUAGCUCCAGACUAAUUUGCCAGUAAGAUUCUUCAGAGUAAGAAUAUGGCAUCUAUUGGAAGCCUUCUCAUUAUUUUUCUCCUGGGCUAUUUCUGCAAGGCGGAAAGAGCAGUGUUCCUGACUGAUAAAUCUGCAAGCAAUGUUCUGGUGAGACAAAAAAGAUAUAAUGCUGGUCGUUUGGAAGAGUUUGUCGCAGGCAAUCUUGAACGAGAAUGUAUAGAGGAAAAGUGCACAUAUGAAGAAGCAAGAGAAGUCUUUGAGAAUGAUGACAAAACUAUGGAAUUUUGGAAGCAGUACGUAGAUGGAGAUCAGUGCAUAUCUAACCCUUGCUUAUACGGGGGCGUCUGUAAGGAUGAUGUGAGCGCCUAUGUGUGCUGGUGUCAGCAAGGAUACAGGGGAAAGAACUGUGAACUUGCAUUGCCAAUCACGUGCACCAUUAACAAUGGGGGAUGCCACCAAAUGUGCAAGGAAGAUCCAAGUAGAAAAGUUGUCUGUUCCUGUGCAAGUGGUUACAAGUUAGGAGAAGAUGGCAAGUCAUGCGAGGCAGCAGUACAAUAUCCGUGUGGAAAGGUCACUGCACCAGAAGCUUUACCAAAAGAUGUUACCCGUUCUAUCAUCGAUCUUGAAGAUUAUAACGCCACCUCUGUUACAUACCAUAACUCCACAAAAAAUCUCCAAUCAAAUGGAAGUUCAGAUGACAUUGUGCCUACAAUAGUCGAUCCAAACGUGAGGAUUGUUGGUGGAACAGACAGUCUAAAGGGAGAAUUUCCAUGGCAGGUUCACAUUGUCAAUAACGAUGGUGAAGGCUUCUGUGGUGGAGCCAUUGUGAAUGAAAAAUGGAUAGUAACUGCAGCUCACUGCUUUCUUAUACCUGGUGAAUACAGAGUCGUUGCAGGAGACUAUAACACAGAUGUUCAGGAGGGGACGGAGCAAUAUCUGCCAAUAGCACAAGUUAUCACACAUUCAACCUACAAUGCAAACAAGAGUAAAUACAACAAUGACAUAGCGCUUGUAAAGCUAGCAGACCCAAUCAAACUGAAUGACUAUGCAAGGCCCAUCUGCAUCGGAAACAGAGAUUUCACAGACAAACUGCUGCAAACUGCGUCGCACAGCUGGGUGACUGGCUGGGGGCAUGUCAGAUUCUUAGGAAGACCAACUAUAAAACUUCAGAAGCUAGCUGUGCCCUACAUUGACCGAGCCACCUGCAAGAAGUCAAGCAAGUUCUUUGUGUCCACCAACAUGUUCUGUGCUGGAUACUCUGAAGAAGAAAAAGACACAUGUCAGGGGGAUAGCGGAGGGCCACAUUCUUCCGAAUUUAGGAGUGUUUGGUUUCUGACCGGAAUUACCAGCUGGGGUGACAAAUGUGCAGAGAAAGGUAAAUAUGGAGUUUACACCCGAAUGUUCCGAUUCAUUGACUGGAUACUGAGUACUACAAAGGCCAUUUAAUCCAGGCAUUGGAUUAUAUAUGAAGAUGUCUUCUCUUUAUUGCUUUAGCACCCAAGGAAAUGUGAUGCUUAUAACCUAAUAUGAUUCAUCUUGCCAUUUUAAUUUUAGCCAGGAAAAUUGAAAACAUUAAAGAGUUGCUUGGAUUAUCAGCUAAACAUUUAGUUAUAGAUAAUCUCUCUUUAAGACAUUGCUGCAGUAAAGUAUGUGAGAUGAAAACUGCUAGCUCUGUUGGAUGAAAGAAAUGUUAUGGUACAAUCUAAUGUUGUUCUGAGUUGGACCUUAUAUCGGAAAGAGUAAAAGUAAAAGUAUGAAGUGUAAAAGGUAAAGUAACAGUAUUAACAGUUCAGAGUUCAUUCUACUAGAUUCAUCUCCAGCACUAAUUUUCAUUCCAAAGGUAAAAGUAAAAUAAAUGCAACAAUCAAAGCAAUAAACUUCAAUUGACGUUCGACAGACGACAUUUCAGUUUGACUACGUUUUCAAAAAACUUUGGAUAUGUCAUAGAGGCAUUUUCAAAGAUGUUGAUCAGUGGGGUAUGAGUGCAGAAACUCCCACCAAUCUCUAGAACGAGGGGAGAGGAGCGCUCAUAUACAGCAUUCUUUCACCUCGUUGCAGGAGACAGGCCCGAUUCCAUCCUCUUGGGUCUAUCGAUCACCGGGGUCUCAGCAUUCAGACCCCCCCCCCCCCGCCGAUUAAAACUUUUAAUAUAUCUCUAUGAAAAGUGUUUUAAAAAUUCAGUGACCUAAUUUUACAACACGGAGUAAACAUAUAAAACUAUAUAUUGUUAUGUGAGAAAAGAUUCAGUAUAAUGUGUAUUUUUGUCAUUUUAAUUUCUACUCAUUCUGGGGUAAGGAGUCCAGUUGGUGGUCCUACACCGUGACUAAGAGUGAGGGACAGCCUUCCUUUUAUAAGUGUACAUUCAGUAAUAGCGGAGUAGGACGAACCAUAGGACUGCUAAUUCUAGAAUGAGUAGGGUUAAAAAUAAAUUAUGAGUUAUACAGAAUCUUUUCCCACUAAGCUAUAUAUCAAUCUGCUCAGCUUCUCCUGUCUACAACAUGCUGCCUGUAGAUCAAACUGUCUGUUCAAUGCGACGGGUCCCCUUGAAGGACAUACACAUAACAAAACUGUACCAUAUGUAACCGUAUUGCGCCACUGUAUAGCACUAUAUUCUCCUCUAAAAAUUAAUGUUAUAAGAGAAAAAACUGAGCAUGCCACAAUUUUUCACUCAUAAAUUUCAUACCAAAAUAACUUCUGUAUGCCUCCACCAGUGGUGCACCUACCAUAAACCACUAAACUGCUGUGGGGUCCAGAGGGAGGAGACCCAAUGCUGAACUGCUUCUCCUGUCCCCAAAAUCUAUUCAGGGUAUUUCCCUGCUGCCACCACUAGUGGGAGCUUAGUGCAUAGAGGUUUUACAGCUUCCAUUCAGUGCAAGGGUAACCAGAAAUUUCUAUGCACAGCCCUUUAUCAAUGUAUUUAUAUCAGUUGUCUGGUAAAAUCCCUUGAGAAAUGUGAUGUUCUGAAUGAGCCCCAUAUUUAUGAAGCACCUGUAUCACUUUUUCCAAAGUCGGGUAAAGUCAAUGAGGCGGGCUGAGACUUUAUUUAUUGAAAGGUUCCUCCACCUAAUACAAAAAAAAAUCUAAAUUUGUCAGAAAUGUCACUAUGGGGUGGGGUACAUACUAAGUAUUGCUAUGAGAUCUGUGUAUGCAACUGGUCUCCACAUGAAAUUGGAGGUAUGUUGAGGUAUAGUAUGAGCCCAUAGACUUCUGUGGGUGUUGUACCAUGGAUAUGCACUAUGGCAAGAUGCACGUGACCUUACCAUUAAUUAAAUAUUGUUACCUUAAAGUUAGUCUUAAAUAUAUUAAUCUACUAAUUUUUUCUUCAUACUGCCAUUUGAACCAUGCCCACACAUUUUAUGGCAAGCAGUCCCACGCAUUUUAUGGCAAGGGUAGCACAACAUGCAGCAAUGGCCAUUUUGACAGUACCCUGAAAAAAAAGAAUAAUAAGACAGUGGUGUCUGUUCAACACCGCGUGGAUCCAUUGAACAGCGGCUGGACAUGACAGAUGAAUUAGUGAAAGUAUGGAUACUGCCCACAAGCUCACUAAUGAUAUUCCUAGGACAUUUACAUGGAUUGCAGAUGGAGUUUCUCUAAAUGACAUUCACCACUUCCUAAGCACAAUUUCCCUGUUAUUUUUAGUGCUUAGCAUAAGGACUUCAAGAGGUCCCCUAAGCCGGUACACCAUGUCUACUGUCAUAUCCACUGAAUGCAAUAUCCAUAAAAACCUUUCGGAAGGUCCUAAAUCUGUAAUAGUCUGCAUAAAUCUAAAUAAAAGGAAAUGUCUUUUA